AAAACAGCUAAACCCGACAAAGACACUUAUUUGAGUGCAACGAAUAUAAGACCUACAUUAUAAUUCAUUUCGCAACUUGUGCGCGUUAGUUUUAAAUUAUUUUACAAAAAAAUGAAUUUCAAAACUUUUUUGAUAGCAUUAAUUGUUUUAGUUGGAGUUUUUAGUGUUAAUGCAUCAGCAACUCCUUCAGCUGCCUUAUACAUUCAGCAAAGAGCUCAAAAUGCGUUAUACGAGCAAAUGCUGAAAUCCCGAUCAGAACCAAUGUUGCGAUCGAACAUUGGUCAAUGUCAUCCUCAUUAUUCGGAAGUUUUGAAAAAUCUCUUGGAUACUUACGAAAAAGAACUCCAAAAAUGUGAACAAAACGAAAAUGAAGCGCUUGAGUCUCUUGCGACUGAAGGACAACAAUCUCGGGAUGAAACGACUGCCACCCUCAAUGAAGUUUGUGGUAGUUUGGAUGUGUGUAAGGCCGAGAGUGAAAACUUGAAAUUUUUCGAUUGCGUCAAUCAAUCGGGAGACAAGAACACCAGGAAUGUGUGGAAAUCAUCUAAGGACUCUUCAGACACCGCUGCACGUAUUAGGGAGCAGAUUCACGCCAUUAAAUACCAAACUGGAAGAUGCAGAAGUGAAGCAGACCGAAAGUACAUUGUCGACACUGCUAAGGCUACUGAUGACAUGAUGGCUUGUUAUGCAAAUGGAGGUGUUAUACCAACCCCUCCAGCAACUGACGCCCCAGCAACUGAUGCCCCAGCAACUGAUGCUCCAGCAACUGAUGCCCCAGCUACAGAUGCCCCAGCAACUGAUGCUCCAGCAACUGAUGCCCCAGCAACUGAUGCUCCAGCAACUGAUGCUCCAGCAACUGAUGCCCCAGCUACAGAUGCCCCAGCAACUGAUGCCCCAGCAACUGAUGCUCCAGCAACUGAUGCUCCAGCAACUGAUGCCCCAGCAACUGACGCCCCAUCAACUGACGGCCCCGCAACUGACGCCCCGGCAACUGAUGCCCCAGCUACUGAUGCCCCAGCAACUGAUGCCCCAGCAACUGAUGCUCCAGCAACUGAUGCUCCAGCAACUGAUGCCCCAGCAACUGAGGCCCCAGCAACUGAUGCCCCAGCAACUGACGCCCCAGCAACUGACGCCCCAGCAACUGACGCCCCAGCAACUGACGCCCCAGCAACUGACGCCCCAGCUACUGAUGCCCCAGCAACCGACGCCCCAUCAACUGAUGCCCCAGCCACUGAUGCUCCAGCCACUGACGCCCCAGCAACUGACGCUCCAGCAACUGAAGCUCCAGCUACUGAUGCCCCAGCAACUGACGCACCAUCCUCAGACUCAGAUGAAAUGGACCAAGUUGAGGAACUUGAAGAAAACAAUGUUCGGUCACGGCUUGAAAAUUUUAUGAGAAAUUGGGGAAAACGGGUUUAAACACCCAUACAAAAUUAGGUUUUAAAACAAAUAACAAAGAUAAACAUUUUCAAGUCCUAAUAAACUUGCUUAGGUUAUUCUAUUUAUAAAUUAUAGUAUAUUUUAAAGUAAAACGUUAACAAAAAAAAAAAACAAUAAUUGAAAUAGUGAAGCUUAUUGUAAAUAAACGUUAAUUUGUAAAGCCUGUUUUAA